AUGGUUGAUGCCAUGUGGAAGGUGAUUGUUUCAUUGAUCCUGUUUACGGUCAGCCCUGGGGAUGGACUGUUUCGCUCCAUAUACCGAAAUACCCAUGUUUCCAAGCCAUUCAAGGGAAAUGCAGGACGGCCUCUAUUUCUUAGCUCUUAUAUCAAAGCUGGGAAGAUCAAGGAGGGAAAAAAGAAGAGCAUGGUUAGUCCUUUCCCUGGAAUGAGCCUGAAGAGUUACUCCGGCUACCUCACGGUGAAUAAGACUUACAACAGCAACCUCUUCUUCUGGUUCUUUCCGGCUCAGGUGGACCCUGAGGAAAGCUCAGUAGUCCUCUGGCUUCAGGGUGGUCCUGGAGCAUCCAUGUUCGGACUCUUUGAAGCUGGGCCUUAUGUUAUCACACGUAACAUGACUGUUCUUGCCAGAGACUUCCUUGGACCACCUACCUUUUCCAUGCUUUACGUAGACAAUCCAGUGGGCACAGGCUUUAGCUUCACCGACAGCCUCCAGGGAUACGCCGUCAGUGAGGAAGAUGUCGCCAAAGACUUGUACCGUGCACUGGUUCAGUUUUUCCAGUUGUUCCCUGAGUAUGCGACGAAUAACUUUUAUGUCACUGGGGAGUCUUACGCAGGGAAAUAUGUGCCGGCCAUAGCGCACUAUAUCCACACCCUCAACCCCUCGAAGGACUUCAAGAUCCAACUGGAAGGAAUCGCCAUUGGAGACGCAUACUCUGAUCCCGAAUCGAUUAUAGGAGGCUAUGCAACAUUCCUAUACCAAAUUGGCCUGUUGGAUGAGGAGCAGCAAAAGUACUUCCAUAAGCAGUGCAGCAAGUGCAUAAAAUACAUCAAAGAGCAGGAGUGGCUGAAGGCCUUUGAAAUCCUGGAUAAGCUGCUGGACGGUGAUUUAACAAACGAUCUAUCCUACUUCCAGAAUGUGACAGGAUGCACCAAUUACUACAACUUCUUAGAGUGCGCGGAGCCUGAGGACCAAAGUUACUAUGGGAAAUUCUUGUCACUCCCACAAGUGAGAGAAGCCAUCCAUGUGGGAAACCGGACUUUCAGUGACGGUGCUGUUGUUGAGAAGUACUUGCGAGAGGACACACUGCAGUCGGUGAAGCCCUGGCUAGCUGAGAUCAUGGAUCACUACAAGGUUCUGCUCUACAAUGGCCAGCUGGACAUCAUCGUGGCAGCUGCCUUGACAGAGCGCUCCUUGAUGACCAUGAAUUGGAAGGGAUCAGAUGAAUACAAAAAGGCCCAAAGAAAGGUUUGGAAAAUCUUCAAAUCUGAUAACGAUGUGGCUGGUUAUGUGCGACAAGUGGAUAAAUUCUACCAGGUAAUUGUCCGAGGUGGAGGACACAUUUUGCCCCAUGACCAGCCGCUGAGAUCUUUUGAUAUGAUCAAUCGAUUCAUCUUUGACAGAGGAUGGGAACCUUAUAAUUCAUAA